AAUGGACGUUGUUGAGCUUUUGGCGUUUCAGCCUGAUAAACCACACUUAAAACGAAAACGAGAAGAGAAUGGCAAGGGAAAUGAAGCGUUUCCCCAGAAAUCACGACCGUCAGACCGGAGACUCAAGGCAUCUAACUAUGAUGCUCAACCCGAGACUGGGAUAAGUGAAGAAGAAAAAGAACGAAUUAUGAAAUUAUUAGAUGAGGAACCUGAGGCAGAAGUUUUAGAUGAAACGUCGCUCCGAAGGUUGCUGUUGUCAUUUGAAAAAAAAGUUUUACGCAAUCAGGAAAUGAGGAUAAAGUAUCCUGAUCAACCUGAAAA